CUUCCUUCCGCGCCCGGGAGAGACCUGCAGGUCCGGGAAUUUCCCUGGCCCGGGGCUGUGAGCUUUCCCGCCCCGACCAUGGAUAAAAGGGGUGCUCCCGUCUCGGGGAGCCACAGAGCUCGCUCCGCCAGCAAUCCCGCCGGCCCUCCCGCUCCAGGCACCGCCGCCCCGACCCUCCGAGCUGAGCCCCAUGGCCCGCGCCGCCGCCGCCGCCGCCUCCCGCGCUCCCCGGCUCCUCCGGGCCGCGCUGCUGCUCCUGCUCCUGGUCGCCGCCGCCCGGCGCGCAGCAGGCGCGCCCGUGGUCUCUGAACUGCGCUGCCAGUGCCUGCAGACCGUGCAGGGGAUUCACCUCAAGAACAUCCAGAGUGUGAAGGUGACGUCCCCAGGCUCCCACUGCGCCCAAACCGAAGUCAUAGCCACUCUCAAGAAUGGACAGGAAACUUGUCUCAACCCCGAAGCCCCCAUGGUUAAGAAAAUCAUCGAAAAGAUGCUAAACAAGGGCAGUGCCAACUGACCUAGAGAGAAGAAGGAAGCCUACUGGUUACUGUUGCAGCCUUAGUGGAAUGGGCAUGAAAGAAGAGAAACAUACAGCUCCCGGGGCACCUGUACUGUGUUUAAUGUGUUUGACUGUUUCUUAUAAGAGUUCUUCUAUUUAUUUACAUAUGUAUUUAUUUAUUUAUUUUUCAAAGCUUGUAUAUUAAUGUUCUAUCUAAUAUUUAAAGAUAUGAAUGUUUGCUAAUUCACUGUACUGUUAUUUUAAAAGGUUAUUUUCAUGCUAAAUCAAAGUUAGUUCACUCCUAUUAUUUAAUUUGAAGAAGAUGCAUUUUAAAUGCUCUUCAUUUAUUAAACUAAUUUUUUUUUGUUGGGGGUUGGGGGUGGGAGGAGACUACACUGAACAUCCAUUAUGACAAAGGCUGGAAAUAAAUAGUGGGAGAUCCAAGCAAAUAGGUCACUGUUAAUGUAGGGGAAUGUAUGUGUAUAUCUAUUUUUGUACUGUUGAGAAGAAUGUCUGUUAUUUAUUGUAACAGUUUCACAGUAUGUGGUCAACAUUUCUGAUGUUGAAGCUUAAAGACUACGAUGUUCUAUAUAUCCCUUGGACAUUUUAUGUCUUCCU